AGAAGCUACUGUCAACGUGGCAAAUGUCAAAAAAAAAUUCCAGUGACGCAAGCACCUCUUUGAAUGUAAAAACCGCGUUUUUUAUUUGAAAAUUUGGCGGCAAACGAGCAGGAAGAAAUGGACGAGGAAUCCCCGUUAACGGGCGACCUUCAGGCGUGUUUUAACGAACUGAAGAAGCACUCGGUGUCGUACAAACUGGGGCAGACCCAAGAAACCGCCGGGGACGAGAUACAAAACCCGUUGCACAAACAAUUUUCAUUGAUUUUAGCUAAAAUCGAUGAGGUCCUUGCCAAUCAAAACAAGGAGUCCGAAGAGUUCCUAAAAAUAAUUUCGAUGAAGGCGUCGAUCAUUUACGAGAAAGCGAAAAUCCUGUUGUCCGAAAACCUGUUGCCAGAAUGCCGGGAUUUCCUGAAGGAAUCCCUGGAUCUGAUCAAAGGCCACUCGGACCAUCCGAAAAUCGCGUUUCUACACAUGCGCAUCGUCAAUCAUCUGACGUACGUCUUGUCCCGCCUCGGGAGUCUAGACGAAGCGGAAGAGAUGCUGGUUAAAGCGAUCGACGAAGAGAAGAAAUGUACUCCGGAAGUUUACAGUACCGACGAUUUGUUUCUGAACACGAAAAAAGACGAGAAAAUGUCCGCGUCAAAGUUGAACCGCUUGUCGCUGAACAAUAUGCAAAUGCUCGCGUGGAUUUACGCCCGUUUAGGUAACGCCGAGGCGAACCUGAGGCUGCAGCACGCCAUCUUGCAGAAGCAACUUAAUAUGGAGGAGUUCCAUCCGAUCAAGUGGGCCGAGUCGUGUUUCCGGUUAGCGGGGAUGUUCGUCACCAAUGGAGAUUGGGAAAACGCGUUAUAUCACCUUUUUGCGUCAGAAAUGAUCCUGAGCCCAUUGCUGGCCUCGCUAAUACCGAAUCCAGACGCCUACGCGGCCGAAGCGGAUCUGGCACGCUCCUGGAUCUAUUACGGCUUGCAACUGUUUGAAGCCAGCAGAAAACCGAUGAUCCUGAAGGACAUUGAAGGUGACGAGGUCGAAACAGAAGUACCCGAUGAGGUUCUGCCCAGUUAUACUUUUAAUGGAUUAGAUGUAGUAGUUUCCAAAGAAAUACCUUGCGGUAAAAUAAUCUCUAUAGAGCAAGCGAAGAACCUGUUUGAUCAUGUGCAAAAAUGGGUGAAAAGGGCGCGACUGUUUUACACGUUACGCGACUUCCCUUUGCAGUACGUGAAUUUGUGUUUGGACUUGAGCGAGUUGUUCAGGUUUCUGGGAUUUUUCGAGAAAGACUUGGAAUCUCAGUACGCGGUCCAGAAAAGGCGGUACGACUCUCUGGAAGCCCUUAGCAACAUCUUACGAGAGGUACGGCCCAGUUGCUAUGUAGCCGUCAACGUGGAACUUACCAAAGAACUUAUCGAAGUCCAAAUGGAGCUGAUGAAUCUCAACUUGAAGAAGCUGUACACUCCUGCUAAAGAAUUAAGAUUGGGGGUCAACGAAGAGUCGGUCAGAAGGCAAAUGACCGCUUUCUCCUCUUUACACGAAACUCUCGAGAAGGUUUCCUCCAGUUUGAAUGUUCCCGCGAAAAGUGUGGAGAGUUCGGAACCAGUACCGCAGCAAUGAAUUAUAGAAUGUGUAUAAUUUUUUAGGAAAAGAAUAAAUGAGUUGUUUAUAAA